AAACCACUAUUUUUAAUCAAAAACAUUAAGUAUGAAAUUUGUUUUUACUAAUUAGACGUUUUUUAGUAAAAUAUGAAAAUGUUAACUAUCAUUUUUUUUGUUAACGAAGGUUUUGUAUUAUGGAAUAUGAUCAUGUGUUUUUUAUGGAGGAUUCUCACCAGUUUGCUUCCUCUUAAGUCUAAUUCCUCUCUAUAUAUAUUUUCAAAUAAUCUCUCUUUCUUAUACAUUAACUUAUAUAAGCAGAUUUGUUUUGUACAUUGAUUCUGAGCUCUGCAACUUCUGUGAUCAAAGCUUCAAUGGAAGGAUUAGCUAUCAGAGCAUCUCGACCAUCAAUUUUCUGCUCUCUUCCGGGUCUCGGCGGUGAUUCUCAGAGACGACCUCUAAGUGACGGUUUCCUAAGGCUGCCGGCGUCGUCUAAUGCGGCGGUUAACACAAACUUAGUCGCGAGUUCUGUUUCUUUUCAUCCAAUCUCCGCCGUCAAUUUGUCUGCACAAGCUUCCCUCACCGCCGAUGUCCCCGCCCUUUCAGACAACAUCGUGUGGCACGAGAGUUCCAUUUGCAGAUGCGACCGACAACAACUUCUUCAACAAAAGGGUUGUGUCAUCUGGAUCACUGGUCUCAGCGGUUCAGGGAAAAGCACUGUCGCGUGUGCGCUAAGUAAAGCAUUGUUUGAAAGAGGCAAACUUACUUACACACUCGACGGCGACAAUGUACGUCAUGGCCUUAACCGGGACCUCACUUUCAAAGCUGAGGAUCGUACCGAAAACAUACGCAGGAUCGGUGAGGUGGCUAAGCUGUUUGCUGAUGUUGGAGUCAUUUGUAUAGCAAGUUUGAUUUCUCCGUACCGGAGAGACAGAGACGCGUGCCGGUCCCUGUUACCCGAAGGCGACUUCGUGGAGGUACGUUAA